CGGGCGGUGCGGCCGCUGUGAUUGGUCGACAGCAGCUGAGCACAAGUUCCCUGGCCGGUACUCCGAGGCACCGGUGGGCAACGACCAGUGUGGAUAAUUGGUGUAAAAUGGCGCUGUCUCAAGGAACAAAGAAGAAAGUUUGCUAUUAUUAUGACGGUGAUGUGGGGAACUACUACUAUGGCCAGGGCCAUCCUAUGAAGCCCCACAGGAUCCGCAUGACACACAACCUCCUUCUCAACUAUGGACUGUACAGGAAAAUGGAGAUCUAUAGACCACACAAGGCCAAUGGAGAAGAGAUGACCAAGUACCACAGUGAUGACUACAUCAAGUUCCUGAGGUCCAUCCGACCGGACAACAUGUCUGAGUACAGCAAACAGAUGCAGAGAUUCAAUGUUGGAGAGGACUGUCCCGUGUUCGAUGGCCUGUUUGAGUUUUGUCAGCUGUCAACAGGUGGCUCUGUCGCGGGGGCGGUGAAGCUAAACAAGCAGCAGACAGACAUCGCCAUCAACUGGGCCGGCGGACUCCAUCAUGCAAAGAAGUCCGAGGCCUCUGGCUUCUGCUACGUCAACGAUAUCGUCCUGGCCAUCCUCGAGUUGCUCAAGUACCACCAGAGGGUGUUGUACAUUGACAUUGACAUCCACCAUGGAGAUGGAGUGGAAGAGGCUUUCUACACCACAGACAGGGUCAUGACUGUCUCUUUCCACAAGUAUGGAGAGUACUUCCCUGGCACUGGAGACCUGAGGGACAUUGGAGCAGGAAAGGGCAAGUACUAUGCAGUGAACUACCCUCUUAGGGAUGGCAUUGACGAUGAGUCAUAUGAAGCGAUCUUCAAACCUAUUAUGGCUAAAGUGAUGGAGAUGUACCAGCCGAGCGCUGUGGUGCUCCAGUGCGGAGCUGACUCUCUGUCGGGAGACAGACUGGGCUGCUUCAACCUCACCAUCAAAGGCCACGCCAAGUGUGUUGAGUACAUGAAAAGCUUCAACCUUCCCCUGCUAAUGCUGGGUGGUGGCGGUUACACCAUCCGCAACGUGGCCCGCUGCUGGACCUACGAGACAGCCGUUGCCUUGGAUUGCUCCAUCCCCAACGAGCUGCCUUAUAACGAUUACUUUGAGUACUUUGGGCCCGACUUCAAACUGCACAUCAGCCCGUCCAACAUGACCAACCAGAACACCAACGAGUACCUAGAGAAGAUCAAGCAGCGUCUCUUUGAAAACCUGCGUAUGCUGCCCCACGCCCCAGGUGUCCAGAUGCAGGCCAUUCCCGAGGAUGCCCCCCACCCUGACAGUGGGGACGAGGAUGAAGAGGACCCUGACAAACGCAUCUCCAUCCGGGCCCAUGACAAAAGGAUAGCCUGUGAGGAGGAGUUUUCUGACUCCGAGGAUGAGGCCGAGGGCCAGGGAGGAGGCCGCAGAAACACAGCCAACCACAAGAAGGCUAAACGAGUGAAGAAGGAGGAGGAGAAGGAAGGAGAGGAAAAGAAAGAAGUGAAAGAAGAGGAGAAAGAGGAAGAGAAGAUGGACACGUCAGUACCAAAAGAAGAAGUGAAAACAACUUGAAGUCUCUAAUGGGGGAAAAAUGGUUCGACCUUUGUCCAGGAGCCCCUGAUUCCUUUAUUCUCGUACUGCAGUGAUGAAAGGACCGACUUAUUUUCUACUACAGUUUUAGUAUGUCUUCUUACCGACAAACCUGGCUCACAUAGUACUUGCAUUGGUUUUUGACCUCUGUGGAGCUCCAGGUGGGUGGCCUUGGCAAACUAGACAGUACAGUGUCAGAAAAUUUUGACAAUCUACAGGAUUUGAACAUCAAUUUAACAUAUUUCUGAUAGAAAACUUGCUUAGCACCUCCUCUGCUGUGCUGAUGUAGCAAAUACCACCCAGCUGAGGCUCAAAGCAGGUAAAAAACAUACGCUGUGAAUCCCUUUUCAUUUGCUAUGUGAGCCAGAUAUGCCUAGUGAGAGAAAAACACAAAGUGUUACUGUUGCUAUCAUGACGUUUCAGAUGUAGUGUCCACAAAAAGCAAAAUGUUUGUGGGACUCAGCUUACAGGGCUCACUCUAAAUUCCCUGCAGAAAUGUAGUUGGUUUUUAAGUCUAGCGCUCACAUGCAAAAAGGCUUUUCUUAGUUUUUAAACAGCUAUUUAUGAUACUGUUAGAAUAACCAGCAUUUGACAGACUGUUGUUUGGCUUGUUGUGUUAAUUUAUCAGUAAAUGCAUGUUUAGAAUGUCGUUGCCUUUUGCAUGUACAUAUUACACUCUCCUUUUGCCCAUGCAGUCCACCACUUCGCAGUCAGUCCCUAAUCUCUCUUGACUAAGUUAUUUUAAAUCAUGAGUACACAAACAGUUCCUUUAGCCUGUCUUCCCAUGAAUAUCUAGUCAGUGGUUCCCCCUUUUUAUUUUCUUCUUGCAUUGUUUGUAUGUUUAGGUAUGAUUGAGUUUAUACUUCUUCAGAGGUUGAUGUUGGGAAGCGAGUGACUUGUUUUAGAUAUUUUGUACCAUUAUAAAGGUGGAGUGAGCUAAAUAGCCUUCUACCUGUGGUUGUAUGGAGUUCUAUCCUUGUGAAAUGUGCAUUAUCAUAACUGACUUUGUUAUAAAAAUAAAGAAAAUCCCUCCAGUUG